AUGUGGUCUCCGUGGGUCCGCCGGAGCAAGGCCUCCGGGCAGCUCACGCAGUCACCAUCCUUCUCCGCACCCACGGCGUCGUCGCCGACCGGCAAGGAUUAUCAGGGCAUCAGCGCCGUCCUCGACGACGCGGCGCCCGACGCUGGCGCCGGCUCACCUGGCAAGAUCGUCCUGCACCGCGCUCGGUCGGCGUCCAGGCUGCGCGCGUGCAAGUCGUUCGCGGCGGCCGCGGAGGCCGCGGCGGCAGCCGUGGCGGGGGAGCGCCGCGUCGUGCUCUACUUCACCUCCCUCCGCGCUGUGCGCGGCACCUUCGAGGACUGCCGCACCGUGCGCACCAUCCUCCGGGGCCUCCGCGUCGCCGUCGACGAGCGGGAUGUGUCCAUGGACGCUGCCUACCUCGCCGAGCUCCGUGUGCUGAUGCGGCGGGAACGUCCGCCACUGCCGCAGCUCUUCGUCGGUGGCAGGCUUGUCGGGGACGCCGAGGAGGUGCGCCUCCUUCACGAGAGCGGGGAGCUCAGGCGAGUCCUGGCCGGCGCGGCGCAGGCCGCGCCCACGCCGUGCGCGUCGUGCGGCGGAUCUCGGUUUGUCCCGUGCGGCGCCUGCUGCGGCAGUCACCGCCGGUUCAGCGAGAAGACCGGCGGCUUCCGCGUCUGCGCGUCGUGCAACGAGAAUGGGCUCGUCCGGUGCACCGCCUGCUCCUCCAGCAGCUGACGGGCGUGUUCGUGUUCCCAUCUUGGCGUCGAUUGGAGAGAGAGAUGGAAAAUGCUGAGCUACUGACGGAUUCCUAGAUCAACUGUGCUGCAUUGGAUUCAAACCCUGAAGAUCGGUGCA